UACAGGAUUAUAACGAAAAAAGUAUAUAAAUUUUGAUCCAUUGAGAAAAUCACAUUGAAAGCGAACAUUCAACUAGUAAUAACUUCUCAAAACAUUACUAAAACUUGAUUUCAUUCAACAAAUGAAUAUAAGAAACACAUUAUUGCACAAAAUUACAUACAUACGCUUCAUGAUUUUGGCGUUCUGCAUAAAUUAAAUGUAAAUAAGUGCGUGGUAGAGAUUCAUCACGAUACGAGAAUAUCAUAAGAAGGUAUGUAAAUGAAAUAUCGCAUCAAAAGCUAAAUUUUUCUCUUGACUUUGAAAAACCUAAUCCAUUACGAUUACGGAUGAUGGAUAAAACACCAAAGUAAUUAUAUAGUAAGAUAGGUUUAUGUUGGAUAAAUGACACAUUGACGUACGAGGAGUUUGUUACACCAAGUGAAAAAUGUUGAGUAUUUUUCACUUAGUUAGUAGCCAAUGCCAAGUACCACAACAAACGUCACUAAUAUUAUGAGAAUUAUCAAGAAAAACCAAUUCAUCACGGUAACGAAAAAUGAUCUGGAAUUUUCCUCUGUACAAUGUAAAGCUAGAGAGAGGUUCCACUUUCAUCUAAAAUAAAUUCAAAAUUCAGAUUUACACUAUAGAAUGACACCUGUUUAGCUAACUAAUUACUAGUAAUGUAGUAAUUCUUCAGUUCAAGAGAGGCUUAUCACUUUCUAUUUCAUCUGUACUUAUAAUCUCAAUUUUCUUCCCUUGAAUUCAAUAGGAUCGUCAUCCAAAAGAGCCUCUUUAAGUCUUUAUAGAUAGUAAGCCUCUUCUUUAAACAUUUUCAAAGCGAUAAUUAUUAUUAUUACUUGGAAAUUUAUCAAAAUCCUUGAUUGCUCGAUUCGAAUUGUUCAUAAACGUAAAAACGGUAAAAAAUAAAAAUGGAUCACAAAAAUGAUCGUACUCGACCGGCGAGGCGGCAAUAAAUUAAAUAUGAAACUAGAAGAUCAAUAGUGAAUAGUGAUCAUCUCACAUCUGAUCAAUCAAACAUUAACUAACUAUUACUUCUGAAAUUUUUAUAAAAAUUUUUAUCGAUCGUUGAUCUUGAUCGAGCCUUGAUUUGAUCCUGAUCAAGUGAUUGUCCCGCGUCCCGCCGAAUUUCACCAAAAAAUUAAAAAAAAAAAUUUGAUGUUAGAAGUGGAAAAGAGAAAACUGAAAAAGUGUGGUAGCCACACCUGUAAAUCGUCACGUUUUUUUCUUUUCACGGCACGUUUGAUGAAUAAUGUUUUCGUAAAGACAAAAAAAAAAGUUUAUUUUGGUUUUUCUAAAAAAAAAAAAAUCCGGCUAGUGAUAAUAAAUAAUCUGAAAAGAGCAUGAUGAAUGAUGUAAGAACAAAAUUUCUGUCUAAAUGUGAAAGUAAAUUGAAAUAAUUAGUGUUUCCAAGUGUUUUAUAGUAUUAUAUGUGUUCUUUGCUAUAUAUUUUCUGAGUUCACCAUGAACUGUAAAGGACUCGUUGCAUUUGUUACCGGCGGAGCUUCGGGACUUGGUAAAGCCACUGUGGAGAAAUUGGUAAAAGAAGGCAGCAAAGUAUUACUAUAUGAUUUACCAUCCUCUAAAGGAGACGAAGUAGCCAAGAAUUUGGGCGAAAAUGUAAAAUUCGUAUCAGGCGAUGUAUGUUCUAUUGAUGAAGUACAAAAUGCUUUCCACGUUACAAAAGAAUGUUUCGGCCAACUUAAUGCGAUAGUGAAUUGUGCCGGCACCUCUGUGGCGUUCAAGACAUAUAAUUUUCAAAAGAACACUGCUCACGAAUUACACGAUUUUAAUCGUGUCUUACAAGUCAACACAGUUGGAACUUUCAAUGUUAUCAGGUUGGGAGCCGCAUUAAUACACGAAAACACUCCAAACGCCGAUGAUCAAAGAGGUGUUAUUAUAAAUACGUCGAGUUUUUCCGCAUUCGAUGGUAUCUCUGGCCAAGUGGCGUACGCCGCAAGUAAAGCAGCUGUCGCGGGGAUGACUGUACCUCUUGCCCGAGACAUGGCUUCGGCUGGAAUUAGAGUAUGUGCUAUUGCUCCAGGUGUUUGUGAUACUCCUCUGGUAUCCGAUUUACCAGAAAAAGUUCGUAUAUUUUUAGCUCGAUCAACGAUAUUUCCUUAUCGAUUGUGUAAACCCGAAGAGUAUGCCCUCCUGGUAAAACAUAUUAUCGAAAACCCUUUCUUAAAUGGCACUGUUAUUAGACUGGAUGCUGGAUUACGUAUAAUGUAGAUAAUUUUAGAUUACUAGUAGUGAUAGAUUUUGAAUACAAUUGUUUUUUAAUUGCUUCUUGCUGUUUAUAUGAUGAAAAUACAAAAAAUUUCUCUA